AUGUGGGGGCCAAAUGCCUUCAGCCUUCUCUGUAUAGCAAGUGAAGCGAACUUGGUUGCGGCCUCUGCCGCCUCAGAACACAAAAGGGCUGACUAUUCAGCCCAAGAGGCUCGCUUCCACAAGCGCUUUUCACCUAACAUUGAUUCCUAUCCUACCAUGCAAACUACAGUUGACAGCCAAAAUAAGGCGACAUCCUUGAAGCAGCGGGCCGCGAGAAAGAUCGGCUUGAGGAAAGAAGAGCUGAAGAAAGUCAAGAUAAUCGACGCCUAUCACCUCGACAGGAAACAGGUUGUCGAGUUCUUGGAGAAGAAGUUCCCCAAGCACAAGAAGGAAAUUGGCGAGAUGCAAGAGAUCAAUGACAAAUUUUACGUGAUGCUCCCGAGGGGUCUGGAAAAGGGCGAAGAAGAAGAAAUUGCGAAGCUGCGCAAAAGCACGGGAGGCUUUCAGCCUGAUGCGGACGGCAACCUGCCCUUCCCCUUUGAAACCUGA